AUGGUCGAAAACUCUAUGGAACUAUUUAUGGACAACUUUUCAGUCGUAGGGGAUUCGUUUGAAGAGUGCUUAACGCACUUAGGGCAAGUGCUUCAAAGAUGCAUGGAAACGAAUCUGGUCCUAAAUUGGGAGAAAUGUCAUUCCAUGGUGAAGGAAGGUAUUGUUCUAGGACAAAAGGUGUCGCAACAAGGACUAGAAGUUGAUAAGGCAAAAAUUGAGGUAGUUGAGAAACUACCCCCGCCAAUUUUAGUAAAGGGUAUUCGCAGCUUCUUGGGGCAUGCAGAGUUCGAUUUUGAGGUAAAAGAUCGAAAGGGCUGCAAAAAUCAAGUGGUCGACCACUUAUCGAGGUUGGAAGGGAGGGAAGAUGUCGACCGUGAGGUUGACAUAGAUGACUCCUUCCCCGAUGAACAAGUGUUUGCUAUAUCUCUCAAACCUACACCAUGGUACGCAGAUUUUGCAAAUUACAUUGUGAGUGGAUUGAUGCCGGAUGAGCUAACCUUUUACAAACAAAAGAGAUUCAUGUUCGAUGUUAAAAAGUGCUUUUGGGAUGAACCAUACUUGUUUCGAGAAUGUGCUGACCAUGUUAUUAGGAGGUGUGUUCCGGAAGAAGAAGCGGUAGAAAUUCACUAUGCUUGCCAUGCAUCUCCAAUGGGAGGUCACCAUGGUGGUAUUCGCAGUGCCGCUACAGUUCUCCAAAGUUGUUAUUACUAG